AUGUCGGAUAGCCCAGUUCCCGCCCCUCUGAGCCCUACGGCCGCUGAAUUUGUUCCCGGCCAGCUUGCGCAUCCCAGCCCUGCGUCGAGCGAGCGCGUCUCUUCCCCUGCGACGCCGCCCCAACAAGGUCUGAACGCCCAGCCUCAGUACCAGCUGCCGCAACAUCCACAGGGACUGCCAUUCUGUAGCCCCUCGUUCUACGGGUAUCAGCCAUACCCCCUAUACGAUGGCUACACCCACUACUACAAUCAAGUCCACAACCCGUUCGACUUCAACGCCACACCACCCCCUUACUACGAACAAACCCAACGUCCUAUGUGGAUCCAUGAGCAUACCUCCUACAUCGGGUACACCGAAGGCACACCCGAGCCGUUCACAAACCAGCACCGCGAGGUCAACGGCGUACGAGCCGGUAGGAUGCCCUACCAGAACCAUCACGGGGAGCACCAUCAGACUGGAAACGGUGCGGACCCCAACACCGGGUUCAGGAGGAAGCCCAGGAAGAAUAACCGUAGGAAGUAUAACCAUCGGGCGCGCGAGGACCAGCAGAACCAGGAUUACGAGCAGGACCACGACCACGACCACGACCAGGAGCAACAGCAGAAGCCUGGGGGCGAGGCCAGUGGAACCUAUAGACGAAAUCGUCCUGGUGGAAAAGACUAA